GCUGCAAGCUCAACGGUUGUAAUGGUUGAUUAUAUCGGACGGGAAUAUUACAUCGAGGUAAUCUGAAUCUCUUAACGCAAAUGUUACAACAUGAACGGUGUCUAUGCGCAUAUGGAAUUUCGUGUUUUAAUUUAAGAAUUUUUUUGACAGGUUUAGAUAGAUUUUGAGUAUUCACGUCUUAUUAUUGGUAUAAUUUUUUUUGUUAGAAACAAGACGGGAAAGCAACAAAUAUAUUCGCAGCGAAGUAGAUCGCGUUAGUCCGGUAUUGAUUGAUAUUUCGCUUGGGUUAUUCGAGAGGUUCAACUUUAAGUAUAAGCAAGCAGAAACAACAUCGAUAAUAUAACAUUCAAUAAUAUAACGAUUUUAGAUCUUGUCUUAAAACUUAUGUAUGUGCUCAUACAGGCUAUAUUCCCCCAAUCUUAAAAACAUUUAAUAUACAUAUAUAAUAUUCAACGUUGAUGGGCGGUGUGCUAUUAAUGACAGAUAUUAUGAGGGUAAACAUUAUACGGCAUAAAAUAUUAUGACGGAAUUGUGGUGAUUUGUGGAAAUGACCGUGAUAAGUUUCGUCAACAAGACAGCGUGCUGGUGACAUCGUGUUAGUGUAAAACGUCAAGAUAGUUUCGAGACGGCGCCGGCGGUGUUGCUAAUAAAACUACUACUACAAGUGCAUUCGUAAUUUCUCUAACUCGAUUUGCGGACUUCGACUUCGGUUGGAGGGAGAAACGAGUAUCGCUGUGCAUCUAUUCAUAAGGUGGUGACGAACAGACUCGUGGGAACGGGCGCGGAUACUCCCGUCGAAAUUCGCUGAGAGAGUCCAGCGAAGCACGAAAGUGGCGCGACGUUCUUGAGCUUCAAGACAGAACCCGGAAGACCAACACGCGAUUUAUUUACAUGCGCCGAGCGCCAAGCGCUUCUCUCGCGGCGCAUGAAAGACACAAGUAAAUUACUGGUUCGACUUCGGUUGUGCUAAUCGGCUUUCCAGCGUGCGGAAAGUCCAAUUCUCUAUAGAGGAAGGUCCUCGCUCGCGACUGCCUGACGGUGCAUUAAAACGGACGCGGAAAUUCGUCGAGGACGGGAAAAGAUAAAAUAAGGAAAAAGCUUCGCUAAAACAUUCAGCGCGAGCGCAAACCGGCGCCCACGGACGUGCAUCGGACUUGCUUAUUACGGAAAUCCAGUUUGUUGGAAUGAGGCUUUGAAGUUUCCAUCGCCUGCCGACGAACCGUGCUCCACCUUCCUCCGCCGCCAUUCGUUUUUUGCACUUGGAGCCGAAGGAAAGAUGGGAGAGCGGAAAACUGAGCGGCUUCGCAUUCAGACGCCGGAACGAUCUUGCUAUGGAAAAAUGACGGAAGUGUCCGCGCUACGUACGAUCGAGCGUCCCUUUGCUGUCGGAGGAUCCUUCCAGGGCAUCAUUCAGUCGAGCGAUUUCGAUCGCGCGUCGUAAUAAGAAAUCGACAGUGACGAAAAUCAAGGUGACAUCUGGCCGAAUGACGUCGGCGAAUUUGAGCGGCGCGGCGGUCGAAGAAACGCGAUGAGAGAUCCGUCCCCUAGAUUAUAGCUCUCGCGCGAAACUCCAGUCAUGCGGCUGUGGCGAUUGAGUCUGCGAGAUUCGAGGACGCGCGUACGAAGAAGACUCCAUUACAAAACUCCAUUCCUGCCGAGAGUCUUGCUUCGUUGUCGCGAAGUAUGAUAAUCCGAGAUAAUUCUACGUGACGAACGAGUGAACGUGAAUCGUGCAGCGGACGAGCUAGUAAUCGCGCGUCUGAAGACAGACAACAGAGUGCAAAACCUUUGACAUGUCACGCGCGUCACGAGGCGCGAGAAUUAUCACCGAGAGCCGAUGAAUCUUUCGCCUUCGGCUUAACUCCAUCGUCGCGCUAUGAGUGAGUGGUGGACGGUAAAUGCGCGCGUACGGCGACAUAUCCUGCGAUAAAUGCGAAACUGACGGCGAUAGGACUCGAUAACUCUGUAGAUAGGACAAGGAGAGGAUGGAGAAGGACAACGUUAGGCAUUACAGAGCUUACGAGGGCUUCAAGCCGGCGAACAACGGCAACACCUCGUCCCUGAAAAGAUCGAUGUCGGACCGCUCGAAGACGCACUCGUCUCGGCAAGUGAGAUGCUUAUGCUUCGGUGGUGUACCUGACAAAGCCAGCCAGCAUUCUUUCCUGAAGGGGUUUGUCAUAAACCUCGGGAUAUGCGCCCUUCUCGUGGCCUACACCCUGUUGGGCAGCUUCAUCUUCCUGGCCAUCGAGAGCGGAACCAUCGACGGCGUCGGCCUGCAGCAGAGAACCCUCCCCACGACGAUAGCCGGAAAUCAGCACACCAGGAGGAAUAACAGCGCUUGGAUAAAACAGCUGAAUCACGAGGCCCGGACGAAGACCGUGGAGAACAUAUGGAUAAUCACGGAGCAUUUGAACGUUCUCUACCGUGAGAACUGGACGAAAUUGGCCGACCAGGAGAUCGCGCGAUUUCAGGACCAACUAGUGAAAAGGAUCACGGAGGACAUGAUGGCGACCCAGAAUGCCGGGACGUAUACCGGGGGUUCCACCAGCGAGACCGUAACGGAACGCCGUGUGCCGGAAUACGAAUGGAACUUCGCAAAGGCGUUCCUCUAUUCUCUGACAGUGCUCACCACAAUUGGUUGCGGAAGUAUCGCGCCGAAAUCCACUUGGGGCAAAGUUGCUACGAUGGGUUACGCCAGUCUCGGGAUACCCUUGACCUUGGUCUACUUGUCCAGCGCGGGAGGCCUCUUGUCGAGAUGCGCCAGAGGCGUCUUCACGCGAGCUCUUUGCUGCUGCCUCUGCUCGAAUUGCGGCUACUGUUGCUACGACGAGAGGCGGAUGCAGGAGAAAGAGCGACGGAUGAGGAAGAAGCGGCAGCAGGAGGAGCUGGCGCAGCAGCAGCAGCAACAGCUACAGCUGCAGGAGCCCUUUUACGUUCGCGCGAAUGCAUCGACGUUCACCAGCACCGUGGAAAUUAAGGCCAGUCCGAAGGACGAGGUUUCGAGUCUCGGCUCGGGCGACCGGCCAAACGUCACCAUACUCGCGCCAAUCAGUAUCUGCCUCGGCGCGAUGCUGUGCUACAUCAUUGCCGGAGCAUUCACUCUGCACAAAUUGGACGGCUGGUCAUUCGUGGACGCGAGUUAUUUCUGCUUCAUGAGCCUGAGCACUAUCGGCUUCGGCGACAUGGUGCCCGGCUCUUAUCCUCGCCACACCCUCGCCGACUCGAGAAACGUGACAGUCUGGUUCUGCUCCUGCUACAUAAUGUCGGGGAUGGCCCUGACGGCGAUGUGCUUCAACAUCCUCCACGACGAGAUCGUCCAUCGGCUGAGUCACCAAACGGACAAGCCGGAGCCGGUGAAGCCGAGCUCGUCCGUAGACGAGCUAUCGACGGACCCGUUCGCGCUGACCUCGUGACAAUUUCCGUCGGGCAAUCUGUGCCACAGGAGCGGCACCGACGAGAACAAUAUAUGUGGCACGGAACCACCUACCAAUAUAUUCGCGCACGAGAACGAGAUCAACAUCCUGAAGGACACCUUCAAUCAGGUAGACGUUACUAGAGAUUGCAAGCCGAUCCUGAAGCUCGAGGAUCACGUCCCGCCGAUCUCUGCCGUCUAUAUGUUGCCCAAGGUCGACGAGGAGGCCGAGGAAAAUACGGAAAUGUGAAACUUGGACGCGGAUUUCCGGAGAUUGACAGUCCGGCGGCCGGGUUCAAUCAACUGGAGAUUACCCAGCAGCGUUUUUACGGAUCGUAACUCAGAUGGAUAGGUAUAUAUAACAUGUUGUAUAUGCUAAAAUCGUGUUGUCAGAUCGUGACAGACGUCAGAGAAGACGUUUUUGUCUAUUAUUAACGUUGAAUUUACAGUUAAGGCACGCAUUAACAACUUUAAUAAAAUCACGAAAAUAACGGUGUCCAAAAUUUAUGUCAUUGUUUCUUUAUUAGGAAAUAGUGUUGUAAAACUUUUCAGACAUGUAAGUUAAAAAAAUCUAAUUAUUAUGUAAUUUCAUUGAAGUUAUCUACUAAUAUCGUUUUUUCGUGACGUAAUAAACGAUUAUACAUUUUUAACGUUUUUUUAAACUAGCUCAUUAUAUUAUUUACGUGUCUAGAUUCAACGAUUAAUAAUAGAAUUAUUAAUUCCAUUAAUACUAAUGAGCAUAAACGAACAUAUGCGAAGCGUUAUCUAGGGCACAUUCGAAAAAUUCGAAAAUGAUAAGUGCUUAAACCGUUGACGCAAGUAGGACAUCCUCCUUGAAAUCGAUACAAGACAGAUCUCAUUUUCGCUCGUAUACGAUGAAAAUACAGAAAUUAAUAUAAAAAUAAAAAUUUUGCAAUUUUAUUUUUUUAUUGUUUUGUUUUCUGCACUGUUCCCUUUAUUUCAAAACUUAUAUCACGAUUAUAAUUCAAACAAAAACGCGAUAUAACAUUGAUAUAUUUUCUGUUUCUAUAAAAUAUAUAUAAGUGAUUCUAAUUUACGAAUAAUAUAUUUAUAACUGUAUAUGCCAUUUUAAUACAGUACCUUAUACAGUACCUUACUGUAUAAGUUUUAAGUAAGAGGCAACCAAAGUGGGCAAAGUCUCUCAAAUAUCGUAGAAAUUUCUUGAACUUCCACCAGACAUUGCCAGGUUAAUUUUGAAGUGUCUUUAAUAAAUGUUCGCUGGAUAUUGCUACGAUAUGAAGUUACCACACAAAAACACAAUGUUACGCACCGAAGGGCUAAAUGCAAAUGGCGUUGCCAAAGUUUACUUUAUGCUGAUUAAGGACGCAAAUUAUUAUCAAAGAUACGUAGAGUUUCACGAUACAGACGCGCCAUUUAAAGUCGCUGCUCGUAAAUGCAGUCGCUUUGUAUCGUGUAGCUUAAAGUAAUACGGAUUAAUUGAAGAAAUCACGAAGAGUAUAAAAUUCCGGAGCUGAAGCCAUGAGUAAUUAUCCAUUACGACUCAGACGUUCCGCGUACUGACAUUAACGACAGGAAAUUACGUUUACGUCGUCGAUAAAAUGAAUAGAGCAAAUGACCGGCAUAAAAUAAUUUCCCAUGGGGCAAUGGUGCAUUUCAUUCGCGGACGGUAUGCUGUUCGUGCGCGGAAAUGUUGAAACUCCUCUUUUAUUUCCCUAUCUUCUUUAUUCGCGUCACGUACCGCUGCUGUUUCCUAAGAAAGCCACGGAAUCGACUGAAAAAUUGAUAUUUCUUCAAUAUAAAUAACGCCUUAAAAAAACACAGUGUCUUACAGAAUGUUUUAGGUAUUCCAUGCAAAAGGACGAAAUACUAAUAUAAAAUUUUGAAAAUGUUUCUACAUAAAUGUAAAUAAAAAAGAUAUACACAUCAGAUAUGCAUGUAUGCAAUUCUAAACAUAUACUUUGAAGAUUUGUCAGAUUUUUUCUCGAGAUAUAGUUGUGUUGCAGAAAGUACUUUCACUAUUUCGUUUUACCAUUCAAUUCCAUUUUCGCGAAAGUCUGAUUCGUAAUAAAAAACUGCAGCAGAUCCGGCAACGAUCUUCGGCGAAUUAACAUAUCUUUCGAAUAAUAAUAUCACGUAAUUUCACAGUAAAUCACGAAAAAGUCUUUCUUUUUUCACGCGAAAUCUUUUAAGUGAAAUUAAUUUCCGAUAAUGUCGGGUUUAUGCUUGACAUCGAUUCCUUAGCGAGCGAAACACAUGGAGCGAAGUCGUUUGAGCGAAAUCAAUCCGGAUGUUCCCGUAGACUUGAGCGUAGCUCACUCGCUUAAUAUUCAAUGAGAUUUCGAGGACGUCCUGACUUGCGAACGGGGACCGACUUAAUGUUUCUACACGCCUACUUAGAUAGGGACAUGUAAGGAUUUUUUAUAUUUCCGUACUUAAGCGUUCACGAAGUAAACGCGUUCUUUGUCUGUAAUAUACCUAAGCUAUCGAUCCUCGCGUCUAGCUCUCCGGACAGAUUGAAGGUACACACGUACGCGGUUACUCGCGCGCGUACCCCGUUUAUCGAUCGAUCUGUCACUUUUCCUACGUCGUCGCGAUUCUACUCCGAACUGUAAUUUCAAUCACACUGCCGUACGUGGAAAGCUGCAAAGAUAGCAACCCGAUUGUCGUUGAACAAAGAUUAUGUUUCUUCCGCGAAUGGUAUGAGCAAAUGAAGAAAUGUCGCGUCUAAGUGACUGAAGGAACCAUUCAAAGAUUGAUUGUUUGAAUGUGGAAAAAGAAUUCACGGAAUAUUUUAACAUGUAAUGUUAACUCCGCGAGACAAGCAAUCGUUUGUUCAACGACAAUUGUAGCGAGUCUUGUAAUAUUGUAAUAAUAAUUAGAAACGUGUUGUUUGUUAUACUGCCAUCGGCUGGACGCUAGAAUCAAAUGAAUGAAUGAAUCAAUGAAAUCAAAUUCUGUGCUCAAGAACAAUAACUAAGGUACUUAUGGAUAAGCAUUAAUCCCUAAGGAUAUUGCGUUUAGGACGACUAUCCCCAUUCUUUCAUAUUGAUACUCGAAUAGUCUAUACGAGAAAAAGUGCGUAAAAACAAAGCGUAACUGUGAAUUAGCUAGUAAACGAUUAUUUUCGCUACGUGCGCGCGGGCGACCUGUGCGCGCGGCGAUUAAUAUUACGUGCAUGCCACACCUACGUUGCCACGUUAUAAAUAUUCUUUACAUAUCUCUUUACGCGCGAACAUAGAUUAUAUAUUAUUUAAAAUCUAAUAUAAAGAUAGAAUAAAAUAUAUGUUAAAUUCAACUUGUAUUUUUUUUAUACUAGAUAAAUUUUUUUCUUAGCGAGUAUGAUGUGAAAACUGCGCCGUACCGACGCGAAACCUUGUCACGGGCGACGCAGAGGAACGAUAUGGUCCCGGAGCGAUUUAAAAAGUGUCCCUUCUUCUGUUUCCUGUAACAUAUCAUACAGUAUAAGGGAUUUUGUCGGCCGUCUCUUCACUUACGAGCGAUCGUACGUACGUCACCUCAAUAUUAAAAGCGUCGAGCGAAUCGCUGAGAAGGCUGUGUAGGGCCCUCUCCCUCCCCCUCCCCCUUCCCUCCCCGCCGUGCAACUCUGCAGGCGAGAGAAUUUCGUACGGUGUCUAAUGACAAUCGAUACUGGCUUGAGCAGUUGCUAGAGUUAUCGUUAUCACUCCGUCGGUGAUUCGAUGGAGGGUCGUGGCCGGCAGCCAAGACAAACUUUACUUUGGUGCUCGUACCAGGCCAUCCAGCCAUCGAUCCAACCUACCCGCCCGUACAAACUUCCUCACACUCGAGUUCGAGUCGGAGCGGGCGCUUGCUCCAAGCUGGCGCUACGGCGAUUUGUUGCGAGAAUCUAUUUACAACUUUCCAUAUACGUCCCCGUGUACGCGAGGAAUCGUGCAAUAACCGCCGGCGUGUCACGAUUGCGAAUGCCGGAGGAAAAUGCUUAAAAGUUGGCCGCCGCAUUCCUUGGUUAAAGAUAGGGUACCUAAAAAAAAAAAAAAGAAUAAAAAAGAAAGAUAGGAGAAUAAUAUCGCGCGAUCGAUAUUUUGCACAACCUUCUGAUUAAAGUUUUAUCAAUCGAUAUUCUUGUAUGAUAGAACUUACGGUUUUCUUUUAGUCGUGCUAUUUUAGAUCACUUUUAAUUCUUUCACGAAGUUUCCUCUCGAGAUAAUAGACUCAUUUACGAGGUGAACUUGUGAAGCGAAUUAAAGUUUGACGUAACUUUUCACUGCGGAUAUUGAAUUCGUUAAUUGUAAGUGAAUUUGGCUAUAUCAAGGAAAUAUAUAUCGUAUCAUCACUUUGCUACUCGAGACGAAGAACAAAAUUAAAAAAAAAAAAGAAUAAACUGUAUGCGCAAUCUUAAGUUUUUGGAUUGAUAUUAAUUUGUUUAUUUAGCUCCUCAGUGCGAAUAUUACAUAACAUUCAAUACUAUUUCACAAAAAUAUCAUAUUAUUCUUAACAAGAAAAAGAAUGAAAAUAUGACUCUCCCAUUUCUAUUCUUUUACUUUUUUAUUAAUUUUUUUAUUACUUCUUUUAUUUAUAGUUUUAUAACGGAUUGUGAGUAUACGUUAUCUUGCAAGCAGUGAGACGAAAGAAAGCGUCUUUAUUUUCCUAGAUUAGCAUAAUUACCGUAUUAUAAUAUAUGUAGCAGAUUGUGGCUAGCAAUUUUUUACGUCCAUAUAUAACGCCGUCUAUGAGUCCAGGCCGAAGUCCCAGCGCGGCAAAAGUCCAGGUCGACUUCUCUCCUUUCACAGGAUUUUCUUUCCUAUGUAGCUCCUCAUCUUUCGCCCUUACGUUCCGGUUUCCUCUGUCGUACUCUAGGGAAAUAUAACCGAGUUCAAAGCUCUCGAUGGUCGACACGAAACUUUAGCGCGACAAUUUUGCACGAGAAAUAUCCAAUGAAAGUCAAACGCCACGGGAUUCAGCCUCAUCGGUGCGUUUCAGCCUUGGGAAAAAAAUAGAGAGAGAGAGAGAGAGAGAGAGAGAGAGAGAGAGAGGAGGAAAGCAAAGCCAGCCCGACCUUCCAACGGCCGACUUAACGGAAUUAAUGGUUUUCUGCUGUCGCCUUACAUAUUCAUUCUGGGCGCGAAUCAGCCUUGUGAACCGGCGAGUUUUCGAAAACUUCAGAAAGUCGAAUCUAUGUCUCUUGGUACUCAAUUGCGCUUCUGCUAAGGGCAAUUAGUGUUCUUGCUACUUCUGGCUACUAUCAUUUCAAAGGACCUGGGUAAAGUGCUACUAAAUUAAGGCAAACUCACUUCAGCACAAAGUUAGCAAUAUUUGAUCAAUGUGCUUACUUCUAAUUUAUUCAUUUUCAUCCCGCUUCAUUUUGUUCCCAUUUCCGCGUAGCUCGAACACUUUCGAAUGAACGAUUAUUUAAUGGUAUUUCUUCAAGAGAACAAAAUAAUUAUUUAUAUAUUUUUGAGGCAAACAUUGAAUACAUAAGUGUUUUGCUAUCCGAAGGAAUCAUUAUCUUUACUGCCGAAGCGAAACGUCGAAGAGAAAUUGUAGAAGAGGAGAAAUCUCGGAAGAGAUAUCAUAGAGGUGAAAUCUCAUUUAUAAAUAUCUGAGUUGCAACAAUAUUCCGACGAUAAUUCAACUUCCGUAAUUAAUGAAUUAACGAGAUUUGCUUCUGCCGUCCUUCUAUAUCGCAAGUCUUAUAGUGUGCCGUCAUCAAAAGUGUACUGUGUCUCAGUACUAUAAUAUUUUAGCACAAAUUGAUAUUAAAUGCAAUCAAGUGUACUACUGAUCCGUAUUUUCGUCCCUCAUCUCAUUACAAGAAAUUUAUAAUUGUUUAUUACGUUACUGUCCCGCUAAUGUAAUAUAAAAUGUGAAUAUUUCUAUUUAUAUCUUUAAUUGUGCCACUUCUUUUUAAAACGCAUAAUCUCUUAACUUAAUCAAACCUGCAAGCCUUUGUUCAUAAAGCGAGUAUAUCAAUAUGUACCGAUGACGAUAAUGAAAUAUUACUUGUACAUAGCAUUAAUAUGUGACUGUACGAUAACAUAUUAGUAUUUAUCGUUAGAACGUCAAGUCCAGUUAUUUCGAGUCGCAUUCGUCAUGACUCGCUUGUCGAUCGCUUUCACUAAAGCUCACGGUUGUAAAUACGAUAUUGUCCUAGAAUGUAAUAGACAUGAAUGUGGAAAACUCUUGUUAGAUCUUGUUAUUGAACCACAACAAAGAAUUUAAGAAAUUUUCCAUUAUUGUAAUAUCAAUUGAUAUCGAUUUAUUUAUGUCGUCGAUGUGAGAGGAAAUUGAAUGUUGCAAAUAUGCAAGAAUCGAUGUAUUGAUCUGAAUUUGAUUUAAUUUUAUUUGUGUAAUUAAAGUUCUGUUGUUAACGGAACUUAGGGAAUAUUUUUGCUGUUGGUUUACGUUAAAGACGAAAACUUUGCAUAAAAUAUAUACUUUGAUUUUCUCAUCCACUCAGGAGAAAGUACAGUAAUCGAGUUUGUCUAGAGAUACUGCAAUAAAUAAUUGUUUUCUUGAAAAAUUAACGGCGCUAUCUGAUUUACGAGAAGCUUUAAGUAAAUAACUUUGAAAUUUCUAAAUUAUUUUUGUUAGAUUCUGAAAAGGAGAAAUGUAAGAUGUUUGCUAAGUAACGUACAAUGCGACAGUAAUCCUUUCCGUGCUCUCUGUUCAUAAAUCAUCUCAAUAAUUCUUUGCGCGAGCAGAGGAAAUCUUAAUAAAUGUCUGAUUCUCUAAACUUCGCGCGCAUCGUCGAUCAAAACAAAGUUUUCUAUACGCUUAUAGCGACCUGCUGUGUCCGCGAAUUAAUCAUAGUUAAAGUUUUCCGAGGUUCGCUUAUGAACUCAUUUUUUUUCCGACGAUCAUGCAUUCCGACGGAAGAUACACAAGCAUCUGGAACGAAGUUCAAGAUUUCCGACGUGAUAAGGUCCGACGAUGCUAGGAAUAACGCACAAUUUUUAUCGUGUUAAACAUUUCUUUUUAAUGGAAUCGAUUAUUUAAGAAAUAUCCGAGAUGCAGGGAACUGAAAGAUAGUCAGACAGGCACAGUUAGGCGUACACACGGCGGACAUACUAUCGUAUCUCAGAUUCCAUACGUUGUACACCGAAACUAAAGUCUUAUAUUCUGUAAAUAGCUGUGAAGGCGAGCAAGGUGCGGAGUAUUGGCCGACGAAAUUGUAAAAUACAAAGUGAACAAUUUGCUGGGUAUUGUACGUCUGUAUAAUCAUUUGUCAAGCAAUGUAUCCUACGAUAGGAGAUAAUAAAGAAGACUUAUC